AUAAUAAGGAGAGUGUGUGUUAGUCAGUCAGAGUCUGUUUGAGUAUAGUAUACAUACUAUAGCUAAUUAUGGCCACAAAAAACGACUCUUGCAUAGAAAAGUUUGAACGUUUAUCAACCGAUGACAAGGUAGUCUCUGAUAAGACGGAUACAGAUGACGACACAUCUGAAAUUUCUGCUGGUACUCAACAGCAAGGCAGCUCAAAAACUAAAGUUCGAACUAAAGUUGAAAACGAGUUCUACAAAUUUCUCAAAAAUUUACCAGAAGAAUUAAAAGGUAAAAUUGACCCCAAACAAAUGAAGACAGUGUACGAAAAUGCUAAAUCUUUCAAACUUCUUGUGACUGGAAAAACUGGCUCUGGGAAGUCUACUCUUGUUAAUGGAAUUCUUGGAGUUACUUUACCUAAAGCUAAAGAAGGAAGCAGUAUUACCAAGGCCUGCACAACUGAUGUCGAAGCCUUUUAUACCAAAAAGGAGGACAUCGACAUGACGAUUUGGGACAGCCCUGGUCUACAAGAUGGCACCGAUAACGAGGAUUACCUGCAACAAAUGAAGGAGAUGUGCCAGGAGAGAGAUUUGACCAUGUACUGUAUCGAUGUACACCAGACAAGAUUCAUCAGUGGUGGGGAUGACAACCCAGAUGUUGUUGCGAUGAAGAAACUUACGAGAGAAUUUGGUCCUCAGUUUUGGAGCAACACCGUCAUUGUUCUGACCUUUUCCAAUUACAUUGCCGAUGAUGUUCACAUCAAAUAUCUCCCACUCGCAGAAAAGAAAAUAGCAGUCGAGGCUAAACUGCAGGAAUGGAAAAAUCAGAUCGUGCACAUUUUAACCCAUGAUGUAGAGAUUGACCAACAAGUUGCUGAGAAGAUACUCAUUGUUCCGGCUGGGUAUUAUCGUGAACCAGAUCUUCCAGUCUGCAAGUAUUGGCUAUCGAACCUCUGGUUUCAUUGCUUUGCUGCUAUUUCUACUUGGGAAGGCCGGUUAGUGUUACUCAAAACAAAUGCUGAUCGCAUGAAAAGAGACACUGAUGUACAAGAAGAUGAUUUUAAAAAGCCUAUAGGGCAGCAGCCGAUUGUGUAUGACAAUAAAAAGAUAGAGUAUAUGCUACGUAAAGCAAAUGUAAUAGGGGGUGUGGGUGGGUUUAUUACACUUGGCACUAUUGGAGCUCUUAUUGGUAUUGUUGGAGGCCCUCCUGGAAUAAUAGUUGGUUUGAUCGUUGGAGCGUACGUUGGAGCCGUGAGUGGUGCUGUCGCUGGCACAGCUAUCGCAGCAAAGUUAGACUAAACAACUCUUAGAAUUAUGUAUGUAUAAAUAAUGGUGUUUGUCCUGUUGCACGUAUAUAUACUUAAUUAAUUGCUUUCGUUGUAUCAUGCACUCCUGGUUGUAUCCAUUCAUUGCUUUUUUACCCUGAUAAAGAAAUUAAUGUUGUUGUUGCUGAAACAUUUGUAAUUACAGAGCCUG